AUGUUUCAGAAAUUAUCCAAAUACAUUGGCGAGAACAUAAAACUUCUUGUUGAUAGACCUGAUGGUACAUACUGCUUCAGAUUACACAAUGAUCGUGUCUAUUAUAUGAGUGAAAAAAUUCUGAAAUUGGCCACCAACAUUGCAAGAGACAAGCUCGUGUCGGUGGGAACAUGUUUUGGCAAAUUCACCAAGACCCUCAAGUUUCGCCUUCACAUCACAGCGCUGGACUUCCUCGCACCAUAUGCAAAAUACAAAGUGUGGGUUAAGCCUGGAUCCGAACAGUCUUUCCUUUACGGAAACCAUGUGUUAAAAUCUGGACUUGGAAGAAUCACAGAGAACACAGAGCAAUAUCAAGGAGUUGUAGUGUAUUCCAUGGCUGAUGUGCCUCUUGGCUUUGGAGUUGCAGCGAAAUCCACACAAGAAUGCAGAAGAGUGGAUCCAAUGGCCAUUGUCGUGUUUCACCAAGCUGACAUAGGAGAGUUCAUUAGAAACGAGGACGCUUUGACAUAA